AAUGUAUACGGCCAAAUUACAGUAGCUCCUACAUGCUUCACGCUGGAACUCGCCGUGGUUGAUUUUUGGCCCACUGUGGCGAUCGCUGCAACUUGAGAGUAUCCGGUGCAUAGAACUGUCUGUACACCCGUUUCGUCACGGCGCUGGUUUAACGCAUUCUGUCUCCUCUUUCUCCCCUCUGGGCUGUUGUUGCGCGUGAGUACAAAGGACCAUGGCAGCGGAGCGCACCGGCCGCCGGGUGUUCGUGGUGGGUGUGGGCAUGACCAAGUUCGCCAAGCCAGGCGACAAGAAGCGUGACUACCCAGUAUUGGCCAAGGAGGCCGUGACAGCGGCACUGCAGGACUGCCGUCUGGAGUACGCCGACGUGCAGCAGGCCUGCUGCGGCUACGUGUACGGCGACUCGACAUGCGGCCAGCGCUGUCUCUACGACUUGGGGAUGACGGGCAUUCCUGUGUACAACGUCAACAACAACUGUUCGACCGGCUCGACGGCGCUGCUGUUGGCCAAGCAGCUGGUCGAGGGCGGCCUGUCCGAUGUGGUGCUGGCGCUAGGCUUCGAGAAGAUGGACCGCGGCUCGCUCACCUUCAAGUACCGUGACCGCGCCAACCCCAUCGAGAAACACAUUAAGGUGUUGGCUGCCACGCAUGGCCUGGCGCCGGCGCCCUUGGCCGCGCAGAUGUUCGCCGCUGCAGGGAUGGAGCACAUGGCCAAGUACGGCAGCAGACGCGAGCACUUGGCCAAGAUCGCCCAAAAGAACCACCGUCACUCGGUAAACAACCCGAACGCGCAGUUCCGCGACGAUCAUACGCUCGAGGAUAUCCUCGAGUCUCCCGUGGUGUCUGGGCCGCUCACCAAGUUGCAGUGUUGCCCGACGUCGGACGGCGCGGCGGCCGCCAUUCUAGUGAGCGAGGCCGUGGUGCGGCGGCUGCACCUCGAGGCGCAGGCCGUCGAAGUGCUCAGCAUGGAGAUGGCCACCGACCUGCCGUCGGCAUUUGCCGACAACUCUUGCAUCGAAAUGGUGGGCUUCGGCAUGACGCGCAAGGCAGCCCAGCAGGUGUUCCGGCGUGCGGGCCUCACUCCCAACGACGUGCAGGUGAUCGAGCUGCACGACUGCUUCUCAACCAACGAGCUGCUGGCGUACGAGGCGCUCGGCCUCUGCCCCGUGGGCAAGGCGGCGGAGCUGGUGGACCGCGGCGACAACACGUACGGCGGCAAGUACGUGGUGAAUCCGAGCGGCGGCCUCAUCUCGAGGGGCCACCCACUUGGCGCCACGGGGGUGGCGCAGUGCGCCGAGCUCUGCUGGCAGCUGCGUGGCGUGGCCGGCCCGCGCCAGGUGCCUGGGGCCCGCGUCGCGCUGCAACACAACAUCGGCGUGGGCGGCGCGGUCGUAGUCGCCCUGUACCGCCUCGGCUUUCCCAGAGCCGCCCUCUGAGUGCUCCCUGCAACGAAAAUAUAUUAUAUGGUAAACGGUGUACUGUACUUGGGCCACGGCUGUUCUUCUCCAGUCCGCUAGCACAAUAAGAGGAUUUAACACUGUUGCUAUCGUUGUCCUGCUGGCACGCGCCAGCAUGUCGUUCGUGGCUGUUGGAGCGUCCGUGUUAUCGUGACUUGGCAGUUUUGGUACGCGUGCUUUGAUGUUCUGAGCGGACCGCCAAGAAAAUGUGGAACUGCCGCCGACAGCACCGUGCCAUUUGUUUGAUUGACAGCUGCAAAACAGGUGUUUCGUCCAGGCUGAAGUCCUUGGAUGACCUUUCAAACUUAGCUAUUUACAAUGCAGACCACAUAGUCUCGACUGCAUUGCGUACCUCUUUAGCGCGUGAGUACCAGCAGUGUUGUCGUAAGUGACGUCAUGUGACAGUGGGUGAAACAUUUUUUUUUUAUUCCCGUCUGAUCGCACCGCUGUAUAAGUUGCAGUAAGGCCCCCUCAUGCACGCGUAUUAUGAAAUGCACUCACCUGAUGAAUUGGCUGGUCCGCUUCUUCAAGGCAAGAGCCACGCGGCGCACAAUACGGGAUGCUGUCGGCUCGUGCACCUCAUCCAGAUGCCCUGCCAUCACAAGAAAAUUUCUUGUUGGGAAAACCUGUAGCGCAACG